UUCAUUUGCUAACUUUAAUGUCGUCCACGCUCGCCCCGAGUUGACGCGCCUCACGUCUCGUCGCGUCUCGUCUCAUCCCGUCCCGUCCGUCGCCGCGCCGCGCGCGACCCCGACCCGUCGGGGAGCUAGCCCUCCCCUCGGCGCUCGCCGCUUCUUGUCGGACUUACUACGGACGAACGAGACGAGCCGAGCGCGAGGCCGACAUAAGUUGAGCUGGCGAAGACUGCGCUUAGCUUGCUAGCAUCCUAGGUAGCGCUCCGGCCAGCGAGCGGACAGCGGAGCUGAGCGAAGCGGCGGGCGCUAGCUAGCCAACCCGCCCUCCAUUCCUCGGCCGCUUUUGCUUCGUCUUCUUGCGGGGCUCCAGCUCGGCCGGUGUCGGCCGCUUGGCCUGGCCCGGCCACACGCGCUCUAUCCUGGCCGACUCUUGUUCAUCAUUCGGGGCAGCUAGCCAAGCAGCCGUGUUAGCUCACCAGGCUAACGGGGCGCUAUAGCGUCAUCAACUAGCUAGUGAGCGAGCUAACAUUAUCCACUUGUUCUCCUGUCUUCGCCACUGACACCCGGGACUUUUUUUUGGAUCUUUUGGGCCGUUGGACGCAACGUGUCGACCCGCCCGGGGUUUUAAGGGGAAAAGUGGAGCGACUGGGAAGGCUGGUUAAAACACUGUAAUGGCAGCGCAGACGGGUGGAGUCCAGUCCCUAGCCAGGCGCGGCACGUUCAUGCUUCAGUUGGAUGCUUUUCCCAGCGGAGACGGCGUUCAGGCUGAUCCUUCAGCUGCGAGACUGACGGCAUCCAUGAUGGAACUGCAGACCUUGCAGGAGGCUCUGAAGGUGGAGAUUCAAAUCCAUCAGAAACUGGUGGCCCAAAUGAAGCAGGACCCUCAGAAUGCCGACCUGAAGAAACAACUUCACGAGCUUCAGGCCAAAAUCACCGCCCUGAGCGAGAAGCAGAAAAAGGUGGUGGAGCAGCUGAGGAAGGAGCUGCUGGUCAAGCAAGAACCCGAAGCCAAAGUGCAGCUGCAGGUCCACGCGCCGCCCGCGGUGGGUGAAAUCAAGCCCUCCGCCCUGCAGCAGAUUGCCGGAGGACUGCAGCAGACGCUGACGGUGACGCCGCUCCUCGCCGCCAAGGCGUUACCUCUGGUGUUGAAAGCCGCGCCCGCCCCGCCCGGCUCCGUCCUGCCUCAACGCCCGGCCACCGUCGCCAUGGUAACCACCGCCAUCUCCAAAGCGGACUCGCACAACGCCCCCAUCAACCUGCAAGUGGCGGCCGGCAAACUCAACGCUCACGGCUUGGAACCGGUCAGGCUGGUGUCCAAGAACGCCAUGCUGCAGGUCAGGCCGAAGCCCGGCUCGCCCGCCAACGUCCCUAUCGCCCCCGCUCCCCCGCCGCCCAUGAUGGCGGCGCCCCAGCUGCUGCAGAGGCCCGUCAUGUUGGCCACCAAACUGCCGCCUUCGCUGGCGCCCGCCGCGCCCAUUCACCAGCUCCGCAUCGUUAACGGGCAGCCCUGCGUCAAGAGCGGCUCCGCCCCAUUGACGGGCAUCGUCAUCGCCGCGGCCGGCGCCCGUCUCGCCGGCACCCCCCGGGCACCCGACCCCGCCUCCGUGCCCGCGCGGCCUUUACAGACGGGCGGCGCCGAGCCCAAGCAGACCGUUAAAGCUGGAGGCGGAGCAGAGCACAAGGCCACCCUCCCUCCUUCGGCGACUCCGCCCUCGUCUCCGCCUCCCGGGCCCAAGAAAGAGGAGAGUCCCGAGAAACUGGCAUUCAUGGUGUCCUUGGGACUUGUAACGCACGACCACUUGGAAGAGAUUCAGAGCAAACGGCAAGAGCGCAAGAGAAGAACGACGGCCAACCCGGUGUACAGCGGAGCCGUUUUUGAACCCGAGAGGAAAAAGAGUGCCGUGAGUUACCUGAACAGCCCGUUACACCAGGCGGCACGAAAGAGAGAUCCUCAAGAAAGAAGAAGCCAUUCCCUGGCCCGGAACGCUGGCCAUCGUCCACUCCUACAUCGCCUACAAAGAAGCGAAAGAAGAAGAGAAGCAGAAGCUCAUCAAGUGGAGCGCAGAACUGAGGUUGGAGCGCGAGCAGUUGGAACAACGUGUCAAGCAGCUCAGCAACUCCAUCACGAAGUGCAUGGAAACCAAGAAUGGCAUCCUGGCUCGCCAGAAGGAGAUGCAGCUCUCUCUGGACAAGGUCAAACAUCUGGUCCGCCUCAUCCAGGCCUUCAACUUCAAGCGGACGCCGGCCGACCCCGACGGAAGCGACGGCGGAGCCCGAGACGUCGCGGGACCGCCCGGGCCGGAGGCCGGCCGCCGAGCGGACGAGAAAGACGCGGAGCGGCUGGCGGAAAAAAGCGGGGAAGCCGAGCGGCGGGACGACGCGGCGCUCGCCCCGGACUUUCGGGAAGGAGGCACGGAGGACGGAUCCCGGCCCGAGGCGGCGGCCCGGUCCCCGGCGCCCGCAUCCUCGGAUGCCACGUCACUCUCGACCGUCGACGCUACGGCCCGGCCGACGCUUUGGCCUUCCCGCGCCGCGACCGGCGGGCCUCCGGAAACGGAGGACCGAGACCGACGGGACACGGGCGACGACGAGACCUCGGAACCCUCCCGGCGUUCCGCGCCGGAGCUCGUCGGCGCCGAGUGACCUUCGCCUCCCCCUGCUUGCGGGAUACCUUUCAGAAAAGAAAAAAAAAAGUUGCCAAUCUGUUGCCAAUCUGUGUAAAUGUCGUUCGUUUGCGUCGUAUUGUCAGCCUGUGUCGAUGGUACGUAGCGGCCCGGUCGCGUGCGGCCAGUUAGCCAUAGACGUUGUCACGGGAACGCUCGAAAGGAGACCCGAUCCGUCACGCCGGAGCGCGCCUGUCCCGGCGGGAGGGGCUACGGGUCGACGACGCGGCCUGGACCCGCGCGGGCGGGCAGGCAGGCAGGCGGGAGAGCGACCGAUGCGCCCGAGAGCUGCAGGCGGGCGAGCGACCGAUGCGCCCGGGAGCUCCGUCCGGCCUCCCUGCCGCUCCGGAGACCGUAGCCCCGCCCGCCGAGGCCGACGGCGCGACGUGUUUUAUUUUCCUCGGUCUUUCAGGUCUUCCCGGUUUUGGAAAAAAGUGCUUUGCGGCCGCAAUCUUCAACUGCCAAAGGGGGCGGAGCCACAGUGCCGACAAAAGGAAAAAAAACAAAACAAAGCACAAGUGGGUUCUUUGACGCGUGUGACCUGACUUCUCCCACCUCAGAGGACGCACAAGAAGAGUCCGCAGGGGGCGCCGCUCACUUCCCGCUCGUUCUCGUCUUUAAUUUUUCCGGUUUGUGAGACCGGUGUCAGUCAAUUGGCGACUCCGCCCCCCCAUCCCCGCCCCUCGUUAGGUACCUCGAGUGCCUUGGAUGGUCUCGACUUGCACUGUGACGUGUGGACCCGUCCGUCGUCCCCUUCGCCUAGUUGGCCGCUCGGUGUUUUGCUGCCUUAAAAUUAGGAUUUGGGCCGAGGGGGUCCGACUCGCUCGUCGACAGGUCAAAUGUCGCGCGACCGACGUGAGCGUUGGCCGCGCCACGCACUUUUUAGUUUGAGCAGUAUUAGGAGAAAACUCGUGAGCGCCCCCUUCUGUCAACGCAUGCCUUCUUAUGCAAAUUUUCUACACAAGUCAAUGAUGCAUUCAUGUUUGUGGAUUUUUAAUUUUGGCAGUUUGGAGUGGGCGGAGCCAACUACGGUCCAUUAUUCCAAAGAACGCAUCAGUCGGUCGGUCAUUGGGAAUUUGUUUGCGAGCGUCCCGUUGUGCCUGUGGCCUUCUAGUGUUGUCCUGACAUGACCCCUGACCCUAACCCACCAUCCCUCCACCACCACACCACUUUCUUGGAUCUUCCGUGUGCUCACACGCAUUGUAGCGCUCCCUCCGAAUAAAGAACAAGUGGACAUUGGCGAUCUUUGUAGAAUUGUUUGUAUUUUUUCAUAAUAAUUUUGGAAAGGAAUGUGUUUAUUUUUUUGGACUUGCGUUCCACACGUGUCUUCUUUUGGCCAUGUUGCUGGGAUUCUUACCUCUGUCUUGAGCCUCCUCUUCUUGUGAUGAUGAUGAUGAUGAUGCAGUGUUUCACUAAAUACUGUUGCUAGGUUACAGGAUGGCACCAGCCACCACUGGAGCAUUUGAUCAAUUUCUAUUUAUUUAUUUUAUCAGUUUGCUAAUAAACACUCAAAAGCA